CAGAGGAAGAAGAAGGAUACAAGCUAAUUGAGCUAAGAACAAAGCAAUGUUUUACUCUCAUCAGCUCCUUGCGAGGAAGGCUCCUCUCGGCCAGAUCUGGAUGGCUGCGACCUUGAAUAACAAGAUUAAGCGAAGAAAUUUAGAGAAGCUCAAUAUCCCAUUGAUUUGUGAAGAGAUCCUUAACCCUUCAAUUCCGAUGGCUCUGAGGCUUUCGGGAAUUCUAAUGGGUGGUGUUGUGAAUGUGUACAAACGAAAAGUUGACUUUCUCUAUGAUGAUGUGAAUCGAUUCUUGGAGGAGCUCAAUAGAGUCUUCAAGGCAAAGAAUGCAGUCGACGCCGGCUGCAAAACUCAGGCCAAGCGCAGAGCACAGGCCAGGUCCGAGGCUGCAAUUACAAUCACGGACAUAGAUAAUUUCGACGUGAAUAUGGAGCAGCACACCAUCCACCCCCCAUUUUUUGAUGUCGCCAGAUUCCGGAAAAUG